AUGAAGGACCAAGAUAUUGUCGGUGAGGCGCUGGCCUCUGUUCUGCCCCAACAUGAUCGUCCUUGGUUUCGUAUACCAAGCCUGUUGAAGCUCAAUCUCAUUCUCCUCGUUCCUCUACUGCCAUCGGCUGUGGCUGGAUAUGAUGGAUCCCUAAUGAAUGGCCUUCAGUCCAUCACAGAGUGGAAAGUGUAUUUUGGAAGCCCAGCUGGUGCGGCUCUCGGCGUUGUCAAUGCCGCUCAGUCUAUCGGAAGUGUCAUCUCGCUUCCUUUUGUUGGCAUGCUGUCUGACAGAAUUGGCAGACGUCUGACUCUUCUGUCUGGUACGAUCGUAAUCAUCAUCGCGUCGAUCAUCCAGGCUGCAUCCGUUAAUUAUGGCAUGUUCGUCUUUGCUCGUGUACUCGUCGGGAUUGGCUCGAUGCUUGUUGUGCAGCCAUCACCUAUGCUGAUUACUGAGCUGGCGUACCCAACGCAUCGUGGGAAAUAUACUAGCGCUUUCUGGACUAUGUACUACCUUGGCGCCAUUCUUGCUUCUUGGACUUCAUAUGGAACACAAAAGCAUUUGAGCACCUCAAUUUGGAGCUGGAGAGUUCCAUCCAUUGUCCAAGCGGGAUUUCCUAUUAUCCAGAUCAUAUUCUGGUGCUUUGUCCCAGAAUCGCCACGGUUAGUUUGGGUCUCAUUCUCGGUAACCCUCUCGUAUACUGACGCCAAAUUCCACAGAUGGCUAAUUGCCAAUGGCAAAAGAGAGGACGCUAGAGAACUACUCGCUCGAUUUCAUACUGCCGGCGACACCUCACACCCAUUAAUUCAAUUCGAGAUGGCGGAGAUAGUGCGCACCAUUGAAAUGGAAAGUCUAGCAGCAGAAACAAAAUGGUCGACUCUUAUCAAGGGCCCUGGCAAUCGCAAGCGCACUUUCAUCGCCGUUUCUAUCGGGGCUUUCGCCCAAUGGAACGGUGUCGCUGUCGUAUCCUACUAUUUGACUCUCGUCCUGGAUACGGUCGGUAUUAAAGACUCGGACACACAAACCCUCAUCAAUGGUCUACUUCAGAUAUUCAACUUCGUCGUGGCUGGAAGUGCAGCGCUACUAGUGGAUCGACUCGGCCGUCGAACCUUGUUCCUCUGGUCAGCAGUCGGAAUGCUCCUUUCAUUCGUUGUCUGGACUGCCUGCUCGGCGGUGUUUGACAGCACAGGAUCGAAUUCUCUCGGCCACACGGUCAUUGCCUUUGUCUUCAUUUUCUACUUUCACUACGACAUCGCGUACACUCCAUUGUUGCUGGGAUACGUUACCGAGAUCUUCCCCUAUUCCACUCGCAGUAAAGGAUUGACUGCUGAGCUUUUGAGUGUAUAUGGCUCGCUCAUCAUAUUGUCGUUUGUGACAUCUAUUGCACUAGACAAUAUUGGUUGGCACUACUACAUCUUCUUCUGUUGCUUCGAUGUUCUGGUUUUGGUGACCACCUGGUUUUUCUUCCCAGAAACGAAGGGAUAUUCCUUGGAAGAGAUUGCCAAUGUUUUUGAUGGGCCAUCUGCUACCGUUAUGGGUUUUGACAAAGGGGAGGACGUGGUCGGCAAGGGAGAGCAGGUUGAACAUGCUACAACUGCGCAUAUCGCAUAA